UACGUGAAUAUUCCCGGAAGUAUAAGACGAUAUAACACUGAAGGAAAGAAAAAAAAGACUUAUUUAAACAGUACAUCUUGGGAGAGGAACAUAUGUGCCAAUUACAGUGACACUACCUGUCAGUGUGUGUUGAGACCUACGGAUCGAAAGACAUAAAUAAAUAAGCUGAUCUUUUAAAGAAACAAAACUAAUGUAGCGUCAGAAUAAUCAGACUCCAUAAGAUGUUUGCAUUCGCAAAAUUGUUGGACAAAUGUCUACUUAUCUCCCUGUUUAUUAUGGUAAAGAGUGCAGAGCCCCCAGACUGUGGCAUGUAUCGCACUGCAUUUCCUGACUGCAAAUGCCUGACGGCUGAUGACAACAACAGCAAAGGUGUCAUUGAUUGUUCGGGUCUCGGUCUAACUUCUGUGCUCACACCCCGGAGCCCAAUAAAUUUUAUCUACGAGUUACGUCUUAACAACAACAGCAUCGUGAUUUUAAAAAAUAAUUCCUUCAAUGGAUUUAGUAGCGGUAUCAGGAAACUGGACUUGAGAGACAAUAAAAUAGCCACUGUUGAAAAUGGAUGUUUUGACAGCUUAACUAAUAGCUUACAAUAUCUUUUUAUUGAUGGCAAUGGUACAUCUGAUCCACCCAAAGUUGCUUUGUCUAAAUUGUAUAGUCUAACUGAACUGACGAUGAGAAAUUAUGGGGAAGCUGAGCUAAGCGAUGUAUCAGAGAAACAUUUGUUUACGACGUUUUUCAACCUUCAAAAGUUGUCAUUGGAAAACUGGAAACUAACAUCAAUAGCUUCUCAUGCAUUUUCUGGGCCUAAAAACUUGAUUAGUUUAACAUUGAAUAAUAAUUCUUUAGUUAUACUUCCUAUUAAUUUUUUGGGAGAUGGAAAUGUGGGUAAUCUAAAACAACUAACUAUUUCAAACUCUAAUAUACAGGAGAUAAGUGACUAUGCUUUUCAAAUGCUUACCAGACUUCAAAACUUGGAUCUAAGUCAUAAUCAUGUCAACAAGUUGGAUCAAGACUGUUUUGAUAAUCUGGCCAACAGCUUAUAUACAUUAAACCUAAGUGGAAAUAUUCUUUACAGUGAAAGGUUACAGGGAUUGAGGAAUUUACCUAGCCUAACUCUGUUGGAUCUGUCAGCCAAUGAAGGUAUCUCUUCAAUUCCAGAUUUAUCUCUACUUGGUUUAGCAGAAAAUAAUUUAAGGCUAUAUUUAGGAAACAAUGACAUACAAAUUCUGAACACCAAUUCAUUAGCCAGUUCAGGUAGUCACCUACACACACUUGACCUGUCCAGCAAUGCAAUUACUUCUAUAGACAACAAUACAUUUAAUAGUCUGACAUCACUAGUAUCACUCAAUCUGUCCAAUCAAAAAUUACCCACAAAUAUCUGGACAGUUAUCAAGCCUCUUAUCAAAUUACAGGUUCUCAACUUAUCAAGCGCUGGGCUCAACAACAUACCAGAGUUUGUGUUUGAAAACAUGACAAAUCUUCGUGUGCUUGACCUGAGCUCCUCUAGUACUUCAUUUCAUAAUUCAUUCACUUCUGUCAUACAACCAGCAGUAUUUGCAGGGCCACGUGCUAGUUUCAAAGAAUUUUAUCUGAGUGGCAGCAGUGUGUCCAGACUUUCACCUUGUUUGUUUCAUGGUUACACCAGCUUCCCCAUCACAAUGUCGCUAUUUGGUGGCUACUACCUUGAAUGUGACUGUUACAUUUACUGGUGGUGGAUGAAGAUAAAAAAUGGGAGCAUCACUUUUCUGCCAGGACAUGAGCCAAGAUGUUCUUCAAACCAAAAACUACUGUCAGAUCUACAACAGUCAGAUUUCUGUGCAGAGCUUCCUACCGUGUCGUGUACAGACUAUUAUGAACAUCCAUCACCAAACAUCACACUGGCAGCAGGCACUACUGACAUCAGUGUCUCCUGGAAAAUAGCCACGACUACCAGCAACAUAAAACUUCAAUCAAUCAAAGUGGAGAUUGAUGAGAAUGGUAUGAUUGUACAAAGUCUCAACCUCUCCACGUCAAACACAACAUUUGUGUUCCCCAAUCUUAAAAACAAUACCCAGUAUACUGUGUGUGUCAAAGCUAUAUAUAUUACUAAUUCGACUGUAUCAUGCAAGUCAGUUAAAACUCUUGGUAACAUUCAGCCCAGUACCCAGAGCGGAGAUUCCCAUAACAUAAAUUUUCUGAACCCAAAGCCAAACAUUAGCAUAAUGGUUGGAGAGACGAACAUGGUAUUGUCAUGGAAACUCUCAGGCUCGACCAACAAUCUACUUUCUUUUAUUGUGGAGAUUAAAGAGAACAACACUUUUAUCUUUAAGGAUCGUGUCAGUGUAUCUACUAGUACACAUGCUAUUGCAGAUAUAAAGCCGAGUACUUCAUAUACAACGUGUGUUACAGCUGUGUACCUCACAGAAUCACCAAUGAAAUGCAUCAGUCUAACUAUAGAUCGGAUUGCUUGAGCAACUAAUUCUGAGCACAUCGGGAUGAUCUCCCCUCCCUACAUUCCAGUUCUUUUUUUUCUCUCUCUCUUUUCUUCUUAGGAUUUACUCCCAAACAUUUUGUGAUAAAAACAACCAAUAAGCGUU